GAUGACUGAGGUGUUCAUAUGUUGGCAUCACUCUUAUAAUGUUAUGUUACUGAACUUCUCAAUAACUCUUACGCAUUUAAUUCAAAACGCAAAAUUAUCACCCGGAUGAUUUAUCAAGCACCACCGUUUCCGGUGUGAAAAACGCGAGAGUUUGACAUUGGCCUCAUUUAUCUACUGCAAACAUGGGCCCACUGACUUUAAACACGAUAAGACAAAUAAUGAGGGCAAUGGUUGAUAAUCCAGGUUUCGAUAGGGUCAUGAGUAAGGUGGACGUCCUGUCCGCCAGCCCGGGUAAGGUGGUGUGUGAAAUGCGGGUGGAAGAGGAGCACACCAACCGGGGCGGGACGCUUCACGGGGGGCUGACAGCCACCCUGGUGGAUGUGGUCUCCACAUUGGCUAUUAUGUACUCUGAGAGGGGAGCUCCCGGAGUCAGUGUGGACAUGAACAUAACGUACAUGAAUGCUGCAAAGAUGGGCGAAGAUGUUCUCAUCACGGCACAGGUUCUGAAGCAAGGCCGGACGCUGGCCUUUGCCACCGUAGACCUCACUAGCAAAGUCACAGGGAAGCUCAUUGCACAAGGAAGACACACUAAACACCUUGGCAGCGGCUGAAGUCCCUUUUCUGUGCCUCACAUGCAGCUUCCUGAUCAAAACAAAGGAUCUUUAACAUAAAAACAAACCCGUCUGUGUAUAAGCUAAAUAAGAACUGAUUAUGUACAGUGUUUGACGACACCUGAUGUAUGUAAAGCUUCUUACAAACGUGUUAACAGAAACAGAAGCGAGCAGUUACUCCUGCUCCAGUACGAUGUCAAUUAUUCAUGGACAUGCAAUAAAGAACUGGACAAAAGGUUAUGC